AUAUAAGGAGCAGAGUGGGUGAAAGGCAAAGGACUGCCGCAGAGAUGGCUCUGUGUGAGCUGGGAGGUGGCAGGCUGGUUCUGAGGGUGACCUUGCUGUGUUGGCUCCCGGCUCUGACUCUCUUACUGGCUGGUGCUGAGAGCUCUAACAGUCACCUGAAUGGGACCUCUGGGCCCCCAGGAGAAGGUGCCCUGCUGCGUCCUAGGAGGAGCCUGGGGCCCUGCCUCCCGAGUCCGUGUUUCCACCAGGGCGUCUGCAGGAUCGUGGAGAACAAUGCAACGUGUACCUGUAAGCCAGGCUUCAUCGGGACAUUCUGUCAAGAAAUGGUGGUGAAGCUGCAGUGCGAGGAAGAGUACAUGGAGAUGAUGGUGAGGAAGGAGGUCUUUGAGAUGUUUAAGAUCCCUCUGGCACUGGUCCAUUUGAAGAACAGCAACUGCAAAGUCUCUGAGCAGCAGGCGGACGGGGCCAGCUUCUGGGGAGCAAAGCUGACUGGCGACAACCACACCACAUGUGGCUCUGUGAUUAAGGUCAAUGGGUCCCACGUCUCUUACGCCAACGUGAUCGAGUCGGACAGAGACGACCAGGGAGGCGUGAUCACAAGGUCCAUCCUCACCCGGGUGCACUUCUCCUGCAUCUAUGCCUACAAGCGUGUGGUGGGCCUGCUGUAUCCAGUCAGGGCCAUGGACAAGCUUGUGCAGUUUGCGGUCAAGGAAGGGGACUUCACGGUGACCAUGGCCUUGUACGAGAGCGAAACCUUUGAGCAGGCCCACCGGCAGCAGACCUUCCUCGUGACAGACACCCUCUACGUCCUCCUGCAGAUAGAAGGGCAGGACCAAGUGAAGUACUUCUUCCUGAGCGUGGACGACUGCUGGGGGACCCCCGUGGCUGAUCCGGACCAUGCCACGAGGCACACGCUCAUCAUGAAGGGGUGUCCCCACCAUGACCAGACGGUGACUUUCCUAAAUGCCAUCGGUACCAGCACCAUGGCCAAGUUCAGCUUUCAGAUGUUCCAGUUCAAGAACUUCACGGAGGUCUUCUUGCAUUGCCAAGUGCGCCUGUGUAUCCCGGACAACCACGAACCCUGUGCCAAGCAAUGUCCCAGGAGGCAAAUAAGAAAACGGGAGCUGGAGGAUGACUAUAGGAAGAUUGUCUCUUAUGGGCCCAUUCAGCUCUUGGCCCCUUCAGCCUUGGAAGCACGCCACACUGGCCUCAGCAAAGAGCAACAGUCCCUCUGGGGACUGCAAGUGUGGAUCUCUGGUGCAGUGGCUUUAGCAGCUGUUGCUGCCGCCUUUGCCUUGACUGCUGCCGUGAAAGCCAUGAAGAAAUGAGCAAAGAGGCAACAGCAGAGUGUCCAAUAAAUGGGAUGGUUAUGGGUC